AUGGCUGUAGAAGAGAGCAGCCAAGCCAACUCUUUCCAGGGUCUGAAAUGCAAAAUCCGCUGGCUCUCACAGCUGUGUCUGGGUUUCUGGGGAGUGCUACGUGCCUGCAUACCACACAGUGUGCACAUGGUUAGACUGCCGCCUCCUCAUGUCUACGUGCUGUACAUCCCCUUCAAAGUAGCUCAAAAUGGAGGGCAAAGGAGACCGAAAGAUCCCAAGUGUGUUUUCAGUUUUCAUGGACCACAGCCUCCCUUCAGGCAGGUGCCCAGCUUGCUUCCUUGCGCUGCCCUCGGCACCGUGUCUUGUUUUGCCUUGCAGUUCUUUCCCUACGGGGAUGCCUCCAAGUUUGCCCAGCACGCCUUCCGAACCUUCGACAAGAACGGAGACGGAACCAUCGACUUCAGAGAGUUCAUUUGUGCACUCUCCAUCACCUCAAGAGGCAGUUUUGAGCAAAAACUAAACUGGGCCUUCAACAUGUACGACCUGGAUGGCGAUGGUAAAAUUACAAGAGUGGAAAUGCUGGAAAUUAUAGAGGCCAUCUACAAAAUGGUGGGCACCGUAAUAAUGAUGAAAAUGAACGAGGAUGGCCUGACACCCGAGCAGCGGGUAGACAAGAUUUUCAGCAAGAUGGAUAAGAACAAAGACGACCAGAUCACACUGGAUGAAUUCAAAGAGGCUGCAAAGAGCGAUCCUUCCAUCGUAUUACUGCUGCAGUGUGACAUUCAGAAAUGAGCUUGCGUCCAAGGCAUCAUAGACUGCACAGAAGUUUAAAUGUUCCAUUCGGUUUGCAGCUAUUUCCACACACACACAGACACAGACACACACACACACACACACACACACGAAUUUGCUUGGACUACCUACCUAUAAAUGGACUUGCUUCUUGUGUUUGAAACACUUGUGUGCAUGAGAAUGUCAUUUGCUAAAGAAUUUUAAAAGUAUAUAUUAUAAAAAAACAAACUGCCACAAUGUGACGUGUGCAAUGUCAUUUCAUAGCCACCCCAUUCCUCUGAAGCCUGUGCAGCAGUCCUGUGCUGCCGUGAAUUAUAUUAUUUAUUGUUCAUGUUUUACUGAUGCUAGCUCUGUGUCYUCUAGACUGAGUAAUGUUAGUGACACUGAAUUCCCACGGUAAUGUUAACUGUUUAUUAUGAGCCAUGUCACCAUUCUGCUGUAAAGUAGUACUGGACAGAGGGGAAGCGGCCCUCAGUGCUUUAGUCUGAUCCACACAUGUGCUUGUAUUGUCAGUGGAGAUAAAUGUACUUCAUUUGCAUGCCUUUUAGGUUUGCCUUAAUUCUUACCUCAUUUGCAUCCC